GCUUGUAAGCCAGCCGGACCUGUCAACAAGAUCUUGCCACUGGAGCUGCGUCUCUUGCUAAUAAAACAGGCCCAUUACAGAUCAACGGAGAGGAGAAGGUAACCCGCAGGAGCUGCCACUGUGGUGUCCCCGGGCCAAAGGGGGUGAUUAUGCGGCCGGGACGGCGUCUGUAACGCGGCUUUAACACAUCUCGGUCCAGGCUUUGGGAGCGCAUUCCUUGGAGGGAGUCCAUACUUUCUGCCACGAUGGAGGUCAGCGGAGCCCCGGCCGACGUCCUCCUCCAGCGUCCCUGGCUUCCUGUGAACAUCAGCGGCUGCCAGCUCCUCACCAAGACCUGGUUUGGGGACUCCUCAUACCACAUCCUGCUGACGGACAUGGUCUGCGUGUGGGAGGAGUGGAUGGACUCGGCCGCCAUUCAGAGACGUUCGCAGGAGCUGAACAAGCGUUUGCGAGCCCCAGUCAAGGCUUUCUUCUCCCACCUGUGCGAGGUAGUGCAGCCCUGUCUGUCAGGGAGCAGCACCGGCACCGACCAAGCCGACGACGAAGCUCAGAUCUCCCUGACGAGACGCGAGGGUGGCAACAUGGUUAUGAGGCUGAAGAGCGAGCUGGCGGGGCUGCCCUUCUACUGGGAGUUUCACUGCACCCCCGCCCCUGUCACGAUGGCCUGCGUUCAGCUAGUGCGCCCCCUUCUGACGAUGAGCCGCCUACUGCAGCGGCAGGUUGCGCAGCUGGGAUGUCUGCUGAUGAGGAAGGACGCAGAGAUCCAGGACUACAGGGAGAACGGAGCCACGCUCACCAGAGAGCGGCUGCAGACCGAUGUUUUUGAAGAGCAAACGUACAGAGAGGACUUCAUGGCAAAGGCUCUUCCUCCGCUGCUUUCCGAGCAGAAGGACGCGCUAGGCUUCGACGCGGACCUGCAGGGCCUGUACGCGGCGGUCGUCGCUCACGGAACCGAGCGCGCGCAAAAACGCAAACUCUCAGAGGAGCGCCGCGACGGCGACAACGACGAGGAUCCUGACCUCACUCCAUCUUUAGGCGUUGGAUCUGUCAGCGGUGAAACGGUCGAGAGCGACCAGGAGCGUGACCGCAACGGUCAGACGGAGGAGGCUGGAGCCAAAAUGGCUAAAAGAGCCACAGUCCAGCAGUCCCGUCCUGCAAGGACUGUCCCUGCAGAGCGACCGCCCUCUAAACCAAAGAAGAAGAAAGUGGGACUUUUCAGAUGAGCAGUAGGAGACGCACACACACUCACACACAAGCAACUUCACAGUGAACUCCAUGGAAACUUUUUUUUUUCUUCCAUUUUAUAACUUUUAUUCUGAAAAGCACUUGCAAAAGUGCAAAUAAUUUAGCUGCUUUUAACUUCGAUUGGAUUUUAUCACAUUGAUGGCUUUUACAUAAAAAUGUAGUGAAAUAAAUGCCUUUUUUUAAUGAUAUUUAUUGUGUUUAGUUAGAAUAUUCUGUACUUAAGCCAAUGUCAGUUUCUGUGACCUUUGAAACUGAUUGUUGUGUUUCAGGAGCAUAUAAAGAUGUUUGUUUUUAAUUUUAAUGGCUGUUGUUCUUUAUUCACAGCUGUAAUGUAAAGAGAAAAUAAGUUUAAAUAUAGCGAGACGUGUUUGUAUCUCAGACCGGCAGAGUAUAAAGGGUCAAGAGUGGUCGACGGCGCGGCGGCCUCGCCCCCCUUUUUCUUUUUUUUUUCAGAGAAUAGUGAGAUGUUGACUCAAGGUGUUGCAGCAUCUCGGGAAUGCUAUUGAAGCCUUAGUUGAAAAAAGUCACUGUUUGUCUGCACGACUGUGAGGGAUUUCAAGUGUUUCUGUGUCACAAACACAAGACUUUAGAGAUUUUAGGAACUUUUUUACUAGAUAUUAGGAGUAAGUUGGGACAAAAAAAUUGCAAAAACAAGUAAUAAUGUCAUUAAUAUGAAUUGCAAUACAUGUAAUUCUUGUAUUAACUCCUUGGUUGUUAAUUGCUGCGUUUAAACUCUUCUGUUUUCUAUCCCAUUCCCUAGUUAGUAGCUGCAGUUAACAGUUUAAUUAGUGUGUUAAUCUGUUUUUCUACUCCUAUUUUUGUCAUGGAUUAUUCAUUUAUUAUCUUUCAAGCGUCUGAAGACUGCAGGUUUUAAAAAUAAAAUCAUUUUCUUCGCUUUUAAAAGUCUCAUAAAAAACUAAACGAGACAUUUUCAUGACAAGCGCGGUGAAUCAAUUUAUAGUAAAACAUUACGAAUGAUUGUUAUUGUCUUAUUGUUAUGAUCAGCACCAUCUCUGGGAAACGUCCUUAUAGCAAAACAUGUGAAAGCGCCAUAAAGUAUAGUAUUAUUUAAUAUUUCCAGUUUAAAUCCGUUCAAGCUUUUGUGCCAGAAGUGUAAAUAUGUUAACUUUAUGUGAGUAAAUCCAGUUAAAGACCAUUUGGGUCCAUAAACAAAUCUUUCUAAAGACCUGCUGCUGCUCCUCAGACCUCAGUUUGGCAUCAGUGA